UAAAUAAUACAGUAUCUUUUAAUAGCUGGAUGAGAAAACAAAUGAAACACAAUUAAUCUAAAAUUCAGAUUUCAGGGUGUUUUAGUAUUUUUGAUGUUUAAAUGGUUUUUAGUUGAUAGUAGUGCAGAGUAAUUUGCGUUUAUUGGAAAGGAAAGGUUGGUAAAACACUAAUGGGUCACUAGAGGCUGUGACCUGUUUUGUAGUUCAGAUGUGAUUCAGACCACAUUUUAGUACCAAGGAAGCAGAAAUUAAAUGGAUUUUAAACAGUUCCUCUGCUUUGUCUUUGUGGAGCUUUAGAAAUGCUGAUAAAUGUGAGUUUGAAGGCUUAAAGUUAGAUCUGGGGGUGUAGAAAAAGACAGAAAUGAUCUUACCACCUCCAGUCCGCUUCUCAUUGCUGCCUGCCAGCAGCUUCAGGCUAACAGUAGCUACAUCUAAAAUAACAAACCUAAAUCUCUUACCACACUCCCAUUGUUCGUACGGCAUCGUACAGUUCUGUUAGAUGUUAUUACAUCUGAAAAAUGUCUUCAAAACCCAAAUGAAAUAAUUAUUUUUUAUGAUCAUGACAUGAUUUUUUUUUAAGGACCAUUCAAGAGGCAUUUGGGCACAUUGACUAUAACUGUACUUCUCACAGUAAUGAAAAGCUACCAGAGCCAGUCGACAAAUCAGCAGAAGGCAUUUGAAGAGCUGCGUCCAAGGAGAGUCGGGCUUUGUACUGAAGCCUCCCUUGCAGUCUAAACGGGACGUGGGUGCAGUUCGGAUCAGAUGCCAUCGAAGUCUUAUCUCGCGCUGGAACAGAAACCCCGACGUCGCUGCGCUCGCGCCCGCUGUCGGCCACGGCCAGGUCCCUAUUGGCUACAGUUCCUCCUCCCCGUCAGUCCUCUGCUGAUUGGGCGGACGGCUCCCCCCCACCGUUUCCUUCCUCUCCCUCCGCGGCACCGGCAGCAUGAGAGCGGCGUGCGGCGCGAGAGACGCCGCGCGGCGCGGAUAGAAGCGGAGAGGACCGAGCCGAGAGAGACCCGGGACAAGUUAUUGGAACAGAGGAAGCCGGGAGCGCUGGCGCGGUGAUGGUGUGAAUAGACGGCGGACAUGCCGCGUCAGAUGACAGCCAGCAGGGUCAGAUGAUCUCUCUUUGCAAACUGGACUAAAAUAUUCUUGGAGGUUUCAAGCAGAACCAGACAUGGACGCACAACCUCACUUCUGCUUUCAGCCCUAGUGAUGCAACAACAGAGAAUUGAGGAGCUUUCUCCGAGCUGCAAUGGGAGUCUGUGAAGCUACAGAUUUAAGGCGUCUCCUUCUCAAUCACAACACCAGCAGUAGUCGGUAGAGGACCCAUUAUCUGAAAUUAAUGUCAGCGGUGUUGCGGAGGCAGCCAGACGCUGCGCCGCCAGCUCUAACGCUACCCAUGGAGGUGUGGCCUCAACUUUUCCAACACUACCGCCACUGCUGAUAAUGCCAGCCCAGGGAACAGUGAUGCCUUCUAAGGUCUCCUGCUUGUACUUGCUGACGGUGGUAUGCUGGGCCAGCGCUCUGUGGUACCUGAGCGGCUCCCGCCCUUCCUCUUCCUACGUGGGCCAAGUUUCUAUCCCGAUGCGCAAGGCCCCCAAAGUGAGCAAGAACUCCACGUUCAGCAACAUCCGCACGCGCUCGCUCAACCCGCACGACUUCGGCUACCUCAUCAACGAGGCCAAGAAGUGCGAGGCUGAGCCGCCUUUCCUUGUCAUCCUGAUCAGCACCACCCACAAGGAGUUCAACGCUCGGCAGGCCAUCAGGGAGACAUGGGGCGACGAGACAACCUUUCCGGAUGUGCGCGUGGUCACGCUCUUCCUACUGGGCCGGAGCAUAGACACCGUCCUCAACCAGAUGGUGGAGCAGGAGAGUCAGAUAUUUCAUGACAUAGUCGUGGAGGAUUUUAUCGACUCGUACCACAACCUGACACUUAAAACGCUGAUGGGCAUGCGCUGGGUGGCCACAUUCUGCCCUAAGUCUCAAUAUGUUCUCAAAACAGACAGCGAUAUCUUUGUCAACAUGGAGAACCUCAUCUAUAACCUCCUUAAGCCCACCACCAAGCCAAGGCGGAGGUAUUUUACAGGCUAUGUCAUCAACGGUGGGCCAAUCAGAGACAUGCGCAGCAAGUGGUACAUGCCAAGGGAUCUCUACCCAGAAAGCAAGUACCCACCGUUCUGCUCUGGCACAGGAUACGUCUUCUCUGCAGACGUAGCCGAGCUCAUAUACAAGACCUCCUUACACACCAGGCUACUGCACCUGGAGGACGUCUACGUUGGCGUGUGCCUCCGCAAGUUAGGCAUCCACCCUUUCCAGAACAGCGGCUUCAACCACUGGAAGAUGGCGUACAGUCUCUGCCGCUACCGCCGGGUAGUCACCGUCCACCAGAUCUCCCCGGAAGAGAUGCACCGCAUCUGGAACGACAUGACCAGCAAGAAACACCUGAAAUGUUAGCAGACUGACGCGUCCUCCAGAGAUGCUUUCAGGGGCUUUGUUCUGCUUUCCUGUCCAAGACCAAAGCAAACUCCUCUGGAUUAACCCGUUCAUUCAAACUUCAAGGGACCGAGAGAGGAACGUGCAGAACCCUCCUGUGGAUACUUGUCCACGCCAGCAGUGGAAGGAUUUUUACAUGACUGGGAAGCAUAAACAUGUGUUUAGCUUCUCAUUUAUACAAGGCACAGACUGUCCCCAAUUACCAGGAGUGCAGAUGAGAGAGGCUGACAGACGCUCUGCUCGGCUCAGUCGCAAGCCCUGAUUUUUGAAUGUUCCUCAUGUAUUUGUUGUAUUUUCUGAUCAAGGUGUUACUCUGGAUAUCCGAUUCUACAGCAGUCAUUGUGAGGACUAUUGUGGAUCUACAAUGUGAUGAGUCGAUGUUGAACGCAGUAGUGUUUGAGAGAACAUCAAUGUUUUGCACAGACGUUUUGUUUUCUAAAAGAUUUAAAGAGUAUCAGAUCAGAGUGAAAACAUGGCUGCUAGCAUUCCCAGGUGAACGUUAACCUCUGAUGUGUGCAGUGCAGUAUUUUGUCUCUGGCAGAGCUGUGAGCAGGCUGCAAACAGCGGCAUUUUCUAUUACUUGAACAAAGAGAGCAGGAGAAGUAUAUACUGAGAACAGAUCUUACUGUUUUUGAGUGCUUUUUCGUUCUUUUUCCAUUACUUGAGAUUAAAUAAACUUGUUUCUUACGGU